ACGUACAUUGACCUAGAUUGCUGGUGUGUUUCAUAAUUCGUUCUUGGAGUACCCAGCUCAAUAAUCCUUGGAAUAAUCUUUUUAAAGUUUCCAUUUGAAGGGAAAAGACGGAAUAGACUUUGAUCGAGGUUACACAACCAGGCGGAGUAUUUACAGCAUUGACCAUCAGCCAAUUUCACAUUAGCUGGUGGAACAUCCGAGGACCAACAUGACAAACGUCACACCAACAGCAGCCGCGGACCAAGUGGUUUACUGGCCAGGCUUCUGCGGGAACGAGUCAGAAGAUUGGGCUUUUUGGAGCGACAGAAUAUCAGUGAACACGGCCCUGCCGGACUUCACUCUAUGUUUCCAGUCGACAGUCCUGGUGUGGGUCCCCUGCGGCUUCCUCUGGCUCUGCCUUCCUAUCUAUCUCAUCGUCCUGCGUUGGUCAAAGACGGUAUAUAGAUGUGGAGAUGCGGGAAAACUUAACUUAACAAAAGUGAUAUUAGGGAUAUUUCUGUGCUUCACCUCCUUAUUGGAUCUAUUCCGGGCCCUAAGUGAACACACAUCGGGAGAAUACCAAUAUCCAGUUAUUUAUGUUGCAUCAUCUGUAUAUUUUGUUACAUACGCGUUGAUGACAUGGUUGACGCACUACGAGUACAGAAAAGGGGUUCACUCUUCAGGGAUAUCGUUUAUUUUCUGGCUCCUCUCUGUAGUAUGUGCUAUUGUGCCAUUCCGAUCUUUUAUACUCCACACCAAUGGAGCAGAGGGAGAAGUCGAGGACAUGUUUCGCUUUGUCAUUUUCUACGUAAACUUCGCCUUGAUCUGCAUCCAGUUUGUGUUGGUUUGGUUCGCUGACACCUCAGCCAUUCCCAGCGAGCGCAAGCGGCAGUAUGAGACAGAGAUAGCGGGAGAGGAGCGCGUUCCGCUUUUGGGCUCGACGAAAGUCUCCAACGGAAAUAAAAGUAAAGGGAAGAAUGGCUCGGGGACUGAAGUACAGCACGAACCUUGUCCUGAGCUUAAGACACCCUUCUUCUCAAGGAUAACAUAUUGGUGGAUAACAGGGUUGAUUAUCCGAGGCUACAGAAAAGCAUUGGUAUUCGACGACCUCUGGGACAUCCGGCCACAGGAGAAGAGUGAACCAUGCUAUGAAAUCUUCCAGAAACAAUGGAGAGAACAACUGGCCAAAUGCGAAGAAUCUAAAGAAGCAACCUACCAUUACCAAAACAGACAUGGUGAAACGUACUCAUACCAAGGAAAGUCCGGCCAUAGCGGUCUGAAAGAAGGCCGGUCCUCAAAGGGUCCGAUGAAGAAGACUCCAUCGUUGGGAAUGGCAUUUACCAAAGGUUACGGUCCUUAUUACGUCCUCGGUGGCUUCUUCAAACUCAUCUAUGAUAUAAUGUCAUUUCUCCAGCCACUAAUCCUGAGUUUAUUGAUCGACUUCGUGUCAAGCAAAGAUCCCUUGGAAUGGCAUGGCUACCUCUACGGCAUAGUCUUAUUCCUCUUUGCUACAAUCAAGUCGUUUGCCAAUCAACAAUACUCUGACGUCUGCUACAAAUUCGGUAUGAAAAUACGGAGCGCUGUGAUUGCUGCUAUUUACAGAAAAGCUUUAACAUUGAGCAGUUCGGCAAAAAAGAACACGACCCAAGGCGAGAUCGUCAACCUGAUGUCUGUUGACGCCCAGAAGCUUCAAGAUGCGCCAGUCUACCUCCACUUCAUCUGGUCAGCGCCGAUCACAAUUGUCGUGUGCUUAAUAAUGCUGUGGCAGCAGCUUGGGCCAGCGGUCCUCGCUGGGCUUGGGGUACUCAUACUCAUGGUACCCAUCAAUGCUGUAAUCGCUGGAAAGAUUAAGAAAUACCAGACUAGUCAGAUGAAACACAAAGACACGAGACUAAAGGUGAUGAACGAAAUACUCAACGGUAUCAAAGUACUCAAACUGUACGCCUGGGAACCCUCGUUUGAAGACAAGGUCAACGGAAUACGCGCCACCGAAAUAGAGGAACUUAAGAAAGCGGCAUAUUUGAAUGCGCUUACCAGUGUCACGUGGUUUGUUGCACCAACUUUGGUUGCAUUGGCCUCAUUCGCUACAUACUCUUAUAUGGAUCCCAACAACUACCUCGAUGCCCAGAGGGCCUUUGUCUCACUCUCCUACUUCAAUGUGAUGAACUUUCCAAUGACUAUUUUACCAGCCGUCAUUGCUUAUGUUGUACAGGCGAUUGUUUCCACCAAACGUCUUACUAAGUUCCUCAUAUCUGAUGAUAUUGAUGCCGACAAUGUCGAGACGGACCACUCCAUUAGCGAACCUAUUGCGAUCAGGGAUGGUUCAUUCCGCUGGGGUAGAGAUGACACAGACGUCCUCAAGAAUGUCAACUUCAGCGUGAAAGAGGGCAGUAUAGUGGCAGUGGUUGGACAUGUCGGAUCUGGAAAAUCGUCUCUCGUCUCUGCUAUUCUUGGGGAUAUGUACAAGAGUAGUGGAUUGGUUCAUGUGAGGGGUUCGAUGGCGUACGUUCCACAACAAGCUUGGAUUCUGAAUGAAACACUCGAAAAAAACAUCACCUUUGGGAAGGAAAUGAAGAAGAGCAAAUACGAUCGCUGCAUUGAGGCGUGUGCCCUAGCAUCGGACUUCAAAAUCCUACCUGGUGGUGACCAGACAGAAAUAGGAGAUAAGGGUAUCAACUUGAGUGGAGGCCAGAAGCAACGAGUGAGCCUUGCCAGGGCUGUCUACCAGAAUGCAGAGAUGUAUAUCCUGGAUGAUCCGCUAAGUGCUGUUGAUGCGCAUGUUGGCAAGCACAUCUUUGACAAGGUCAUCGGCAAUGAAGGACUGCUCAGAGAAAAGACCCGAAUUCUUGUGACUCACGGCAUCAGCUACCUCCCAAAGGUCGACUACAUCCUGGUACUAAAUGACGGUGUGAUCUCCGAGAUGGGAACCUACCGAGACCUACUCACCCACGACGGCCCAUUCGCAGAGUUUCUCAAGACCUACCUACAGGAAGACAAUGAAGAAGAAGAGGACGACCCAGAAGCACAAGAAUUCCGCAAGGAGUUAAGACGACAUAUAUCCACCAUAUCGGGCGAUGAAGGGAGUGGAUGGGACAGUGAAGGGGUGUUAUCAGGCGAUGAGACAACGAGGAGGAAAAGGCGAACUAGUCGGCGCCUCUCAAGUAGUAAAUCUAUUGAGGGGGACUUGGACAAACUAAAGAAGGAUAUUGAGAAACAGCAGACGUUAACAACAGUAGAGACCGCCGAAACGGGAGAGGUGAAACGUGCCAUCUAUCUUGAGUACAUCAAGGCCAACGGCUCCUGGGUCUUCCUGGGCAUGUUCCUGGCCUAUGUAUGUUUCAUAGCCGCAUCCAUCGGAACCAAUAUUUGGCUGAGUAUCUGGAGCAACGAUCCACCAGAACUAGCGAAGGAGAAUAAAGAUUUACGAGUCGGCGUCUAUGGUGCUCUUGGUGUGACUCAAGGUAUCUUCAUAUUCUUCCAAGGACUCUGCGUAGCAAUCGGGACAAUAUCCGCCUCGGGGCUCCUGCACAAGCGCCUCGUGGCCAGGAUCAUGAGGGCACCUUCAUCAUUCUUCGACACGACACCGCUCGGCCGUAUCAUCAACAGGAUAUCCAAGGACAUCGACACCGUGGACGUACUCAUCCCUAUCACAAUGAGAAUCUGGAUGUUGACUUUUGCACAGGUGUUGGCCACCAUUAUCAUCAUCUCUUACUCGUUUGCCGUCUUUCUUGCGGCUCUGGUUCCAUUAGGAAUUCUGUAUUACUUCGCACAGAAAUUCUACAUUUGCACGUCCCGUCAGCUAAAGAGGAUUGACUCCAUUCGGAGAUCUCCUAUAUACAGCCACUUCGGGACAAGCGUAGUGGGUGCCAGCUCUAUCCGAUGCUAUGGUGAACAGGAACGCUUCAUACAGACCAGUGACAGGCUAGUGGAUGAAGGCAACAUGGCUUACUAUGCCAAUAUAAUGUCUAACAGAUGGCUGGGUAUUUCUCUGGAGUUGAUUGGUAACAUAAUCAUCCUGCUGGCAGCCAUCUUCGCCGUGGCCUUCCGUGAAACCAUUGACCCAGGCUUAGUAGGCCUGUCCGUUUCCUAUGCCCUACAAGUCACAGGCUCCCUCAAUUUCAUGGUCAGGACGAGCUGUGACAUGGAAACUUAUAUCGUCUCAGUUGAGAGGAUAUUUGAAUACGCCCAAAUUGCGUGCGAGGCUGCUUGGGAAAGACCUAUCUAUAAGCCAGAUGCUGGAUGGCCAAACCAGGGUGCAGUCGAGUUCAAGAAUUAUAGCGUCCGUUAUCGAGAAGGUCUUGACUUAGUGCUGCAGGACAUUACGUGUAACAUACGUGCUGGAGAAAAGGUUGGCAUCGUCGGGAGAACGGGCGCUGGCAAGUCCUCCCUAACACUUGCUCUCUUUCGACUAAUAGAGGCAGCUGAAGGCGCCAUAGUGAUUGACGGACAUGAGAUUGGCAAGCUGGGCCUUCAUGAUCUCAGGAACAAGCUUACCAUCAUACCUCAGGAUCCCGUGUUAUUCUCGGGAGACAUCCGCUCCAACCUUGACCCUUUCAACCAUCACACUGAUGCAGAUAUCUGGUCAGCUUUGGAGCAUUCCCAUCUCAAGUCAUUCGUGGCCGGACUUCAAGAGAGGCUACAAUAUGAGGUGUCGGAGAACGGAGACAAUCUGAGUGUUGGUCAGCGACAACUGGUUUGUCUUGCCCGUGCACUCCUGAGGCGGACCAAAAUCCUGAUCCUUGACGAAGCAACUGCAGCUGUUGACUUGGAGACGGAUGAUUUGAUCCAGAAUACCAUAAGGGUGGAGUUCACAGGAUGCACUGUUCUCACCAUUGCGCAUCGCUUGAACACGAUCAUGGAUUACGACCGGGUGAUUGUUCUCGACAAGGGCAAAAUCAAGGAGUACGACACACCCUCCAACCUUCUAAAAGAGAAGCACUCCAUCUUUCACGGGAUGGCCCGAGAUGCUGGACUUGUUUAACACCGAAUUUCUUUGUCAAAUGGUGUAACAAAACUUAGCGCGAUCGGACAUUUUUCAUAUUGUGUGAAAUCAGUGCUCUUAUAUAUCCGGCCAUGUUUCGACAGAGCAAGAUCUACACGUAGCUUUUUCCAUGCAACUCUUCGAUCUAGUUACGCCGUAGUAUCUCCAUAGCAUAGACGAAUUGGGAUGUUUCAAUGGGGUUACCACCCGAGCUCGAAUUGGGGACAACUCGGCGCUCGAGGAUCCGUGCUUGACUGUGCACAUGUAUAGGGCACGUUAAUUAAUCAGUCCCCUUUUUGGCUUUUGAUAUCAACCUAUAUAUAGCUAGGUUAGUGAGAUAUAAUGUACAACAUCAAUGUCCUGGAGUGCCACCUACGUUUUGAAUCUAUAUGUCAACAUGGCGUGAUAAGCCCACUCAAAGCAUCAAUCAAAUUGGUUACCAUCUUUCCCAUUAUUAAUCAUAUAACGGCCGCAAAGUGGAGCCCAUAAUCAGUGAUGAUAUACAACUUGAUGAUGCACGCAGUAUUAGUUAAGAUGAUUUUUCACAAGGACUGUAUCGUCCUGAGUAAGACAUCAUUACCGUUGGUGUUUACAUCACUCUUUAUUAAUUUAUUCUUGGUUCAAAUAUAUACUUGGUGCUGUAUCAUUGGUUGAUAGAAGCAACUGGUAGUGAGAUGUAAAACGGAAACCCUAUAGAGUAAGGAGGUUCUAAUUGGAGUUCUCAUAAGUACCCUGAUUGGGCAUGUCGUGCCAUAUAACUGGUCAUUCGGCAUUGAGAAUCUGCGAUGUGAGUGCCAGGGAUUGUUGACCUGAAACCAUCCGCAAGUAUAAUUUUGUUGUCACAUGAUAGAAACGUAGUAAAGUGUAUAUAAAUGUGCUUAUCGUAUUCAUCUUACCAUAUGUGCAAAACAAUGAAUAAUUCCGAAAGUAUCCUUUUGUUGUCACAUGAUAGAAACGUAGUAAAGUGUAUGUAAUAAUAAUAAUUAUGAAACUUAUAUAGCGCUUAAUCCAACUGGUUUCAGUCGCUCAAAGCGCUUCACAUUAUUACCCCUAGCUAUUGGCCUGUACAUUCUUGGUUCAAGCUCUACUCUCUGGGAGUAUUACAGGUCCAAGCUGCAGCUAUACAGCGCUCAGGACUAACAUUCAUAGUGUGCCAACUCUGCCAGCUAGGUACCCAUUUAAUCCUGGGUGGAGAGAAGCAAUUAGGGUUAAGUGCCUUGCUCAAAGACACAAAUGUAAAUGUGCUUAUUGUAUUUACAUACGUACAAAAUAAUGAUGGAAUUAAUGAUUUUAUUUUAAUAAGAUUUUUUCUUCAGAAUAUAAGCCUGUCACACCACCUGUUAUAUGCUGAAUUCAAUGCAUGUAUGCAGCACUGUAAGCUUUUGAAUGAAAUUGGAAUAAAUUGAUGUACGAUA